AUGAGUGUUAAAUGUGUUAUCAAAACAUAACCUUAAUAAUAAGUAUUUUUGUAGGUGAAUAAAGUAAUUAAAUUGAUAAGAUGACGAAUAUGGUACAUUGCCAGUUAUGGAUGGGGAGCCUGGAGUCUUAUAUGACCGAGACGUUUAUAAUAAAUUCGUUUCGGAAAAUGGGUGAAAACCCUUUGAACGUGAAAGUAAUGAGGAAUAAGUUCACAGGAGAACCAGCUGGGUAUUGUUUUGUGCAUUUUGCUACUGACGAAGAAGCUAUUGAUGCCAUGCAUAAAUUGAAUGGCAAAGCUAUACCAUCCACUUCACCUCCUGUCCGAUUCAGAUUGAACAAUGCGAGUAAUACAGGUCGUUCUAUGUUAGAUAGGGAAUUCUCUGUUUGGGUUGGAGAUUUGAGCCCAGAUGUGGAUGAUUACAAUUUAUAUAGGGUUUUCUCUACCAAGUACAACACCAUUAAGACUGCCAAAGUUAUUAUUGAUAACAGUGGCUUCAGCAGAGGAUAUGGUUUUGUACGAUUCGGCAGCGAGGAAGAGCAGAAGGAUAGUUUGACUGCAAUGAACGGGUAUAUAGGACUUGGGACUAAGGCUCUAAAGAUUUGCAAUGCAGUUCCUAAGCCGAAAGGUUCUACAACCGCUACGGAUUCUCCUACGUCUGCUACCACCACGUUCCAAGCAGCAGGUUCAACGGAUUACACGCAGCAGUAUUACGACGCCACAGCUUAUUGGCAGAAUUACGCUAAUUGGCAGAGUUAUUAUGAGCAGGGAGAUGCAAAUCAAUUGAACGCUGAUGGAACACCAAUGGUUAAUAUGCAAGCUCACGUUGAGAAGAAGAUCGACCAAGAUUUGGAACUCGUCGAUCACGCACAGCCUUUGGACGUGGACAAAAUGAACAAGGAGAUGAUCGAGCAGGACGUGAACUUGUGGGGUGCUUUGGAAAGCUCUCGGUGGCUUCCUUUCGAAAUGUUGGAGACUUCAGCCUCGUGAAGUACAUUGAAAUAAAUACAGAGACAGUUUUUUUUUUAAACAACGUUUGUAUAUUAUUAUUGAAAUAUUACGAAUUACAAUUUACAUUACCAUUUUUAACAAGUACAAAUCGGUAUAAAAAGAACAUGGUUAUAAUAAUUUUUAUUGUGGGGUGUGUGUAUAUAACAAUCCGAUAUAUAUAUAAUAUAUUUGUAUAUAAUUAU